CAUCUCAGCCGUCAAUCCUAAACCAGAUCUCGGAAAGCUUUCAAUUCAAAAAAACAGUCAUUUGAAUUCAAUUACAUUCCCUUAAAACACAUGAAAACAACCAAACAAACUACACUUCAUUUAGGGCUUUUGUACUAGAUUUGAAAUGAUCUUCUUCUCACCUCCAUUUUCAGCUCGAUAUUCUACUAGAUUAUCUUGAUCUUGCGUCUAGUAUACUGUUUGGUUCUCAUUCUCGUUUCAGAUUAUUGGUUUUCGUUUCUUGAUUCAUAAUGAUGAGAGAUUCGAAGCUCUCGCGACGAAAUUCCGGUAAAAAUCUUAAUUUCGAAGAAACUGAAAAUGUGCCGGUGAAUGUUAACAUUCGUGAGUCAUCGAUUCGUCGGAUGAGCAUCGACUCUUGUUCCAGGCCUCCAUUGAACUCAAUUCAAGAACCCCUUCAAAACCCUAGUAAACCAGCUCAGGAACCAGGGUUCAGAAGCUCAAAAACACAUAGAACACCGACUAAAGCUAAAAGUAGGCAUCAGGAAUCUGCUAUGACAAUGAGAACUCCAGAAAAGCAAGGGGUUGUAGCUAGAGAUCGAUUUGGGUGGGGCAAUGAUUCAACUGUGAAUACUCCUAGGUCAUGUAGGACAUUGGGAAGAGCUUCUUUAGGGUUUCCGGAGCUUAAUUCUGCACAUUCUACACCUACAAAAACUGUAACCAAGCCUCCAAAUCCAGGGUUAAUUUAUGGAGGUAACACUAGGCCUCCUGUUCGUACUGGAAACUUUGCUGCUUUAUCUAAAGGAAUUCCUGUAACAUCCAACACUUGUACAACUGUAAAUACCAUCGAGGUCCCUCAUUUUGAUCUUAGAGAAGAUCCAUCAUUCUGGAUGGAUCACAAUGUUCAAGUUUUGAUUCGUAUCCGACCUCUCAAUGGCAUGGAAAUCACUUCACAAGGCUACAACAGGUGUCUAAAACAGGAAAGUGCACAAUGUUUGACAUGGGUUGGAAAUCCAGAAACUAGGUUUACAUUUGACCAUGUAGCAUGUGAAACAAUUGACCAGGAAACCCUUUUCAAGAUGGUUGGUGAGCCAAUGGUGGAGAAUUGCUUAUCUGGAUACAAUAGUUGUAUGUUUGCAUAUGGACAGACUGGAAGUGGGAAAACACACACAAUGCUUGGUGAAAUAAAUAAUCUUGAAGUAAAACCUAGCCAAUAUCGUGGAAUGACACCUAGAAUAUUCGAGUUCCUAUUUUCAAGAAUCAUAGCGGAAGAAGGAAGUCGAAAGAAUGAAAGACUUACAUACAAUUGCAAGUGUUCUUUCUUGGAAAUCUACAACGAACAAAUCACAGAUCUUCUUGAUCCUUCAUCUACAAAUCUACAACUUCGGGAAGAUGUUAAAAAGGGUGUAUAUGUUGAGAAUUUAACCGAAUUAGAAGUUCAUACAGUGGGUGAUAUUCUUAGGCUUUUAAGUCAGGGUUCUGCAAACAGAAGAGUUGCUUCUACAAAUAUGAAUAGAGAAAGUAGUCGUUCACAUAGUGUUUUCACAUGUGUAAUUGAAAGUAGAUGGGAAAAAGAUUCAACAUCUAACCUAAGAUUUGCAAGAUUAAACCUUGUUGAUUUAGCUGGAUCAGAAAGGCAAAAGAGUUCUGGUGCUGAAGGUGAGAGGUUAAAAGAAGCUGCAAAUAUUAACAAAUCAUUAUCGACACUUGGUCAUGUGAUAAUGGUUCUAGUAGAUGGUGCUAAUGCAAGGACAAAACAUGUUCCCUAUAGAGAUUCUAGACUCACAUUCCUUCUUCAGGACUCAUUAGGUGGAAACUCGAAAACAAUGAUAAUUGCUAACGUGAGCCCUUCAAUAAGUUCUGCUACUGAGACUUUGAACACUUUAAAGUUUGCACAACGUGCAAAACUUAUUCAAAACAAUGCUGUGAUUAAUGAAGAUGCAUCAGGAGAUGUUGAAGCACUUCAACAUCAAAUUCGACUUCUAAAGGAGGAGCUUGUGACUCUUAAACGCCUCAACUUAUCAAGGUCCAUAACAAAUAAUUCAAAACAUGAGAAUUGUAGCAAUGAAAGUUCACUUGAUAAUUAUGAAGAUGAUGAUGAAAAAAUCCUAAGAGUUUCUUGUAAACAGUUAAAAUCAUUAGAGACUUCAUUGAAUGGAGCUUUAAGAAGAGAGCAAUCUACUGAAAAUUCUAUAAAACAACUUGAAGCAGAAAUAGAACAACUGAAUAGCCUGGUGCAUCAAAGGGAGGAGGAAAACAGGUGUACAAAAAUGAUGUUGAAGUUUAGAGAAGAUAAAAUACAAAGAAUGGAGUGUCUUUUAUCUGGAUCACUGAGUGUUGAUUCUUAUUUGUUAGAAGAAAACAAAAUGGUGAAUGAAGAAAUCAAGAUUCUUCGUGGAAAAGUUGAGAGGAAUCCUGAAGUGACACGUUUUGCUGUGGAAAAUAUUCGGCUUCUUGAACAACUUAGAAGAUUUCAAGAUUUUUAUGAAGAAGGGGAGAGGGAAAUGUUGUUGACUGAAGUUUCUGAAUUGAGGGAUCAGUUGACUUUGUCUCUUGAUCAGAAUUUGAAUCAAAGUAUCGAAAAGGAAAGUACACAAGACAAAAAACAAGAUGAUUUUCUUCAACUUGAGUUAGAAAAUAGCAAGAAAGAGUUAGAGAAAUUCAUGGAGAAAAAUGCAAAACUCUGCAGGGAAAUUGCCGAUUUAAAUGAUUUACUAGAAAUGCAAAAAUCUGAGGUCAUAAAGGAUGAAAUUCUUGCAAAUAACACCAAUGAAAUACUGGAUUUACAAUUGGAGGUUGAAAUUUUGAAAAUUAUUCUCAAGGAGGAGAGAUUGAUUCAUGUUGAAACAGAUGAAAAGUUUUUGUUAAUAACAAAACAAUGUGAAAACUUAAAAGAAGAGCUUCAAGAAGCAAAAUCAAUCAUUGAAGCUCUUGAGAUACAAAAUCUUGUGUCAAUCAAUGAGCUUGAAGAUCUCAAGAACAUUAAUAAUAAUCAGUAUUCUGAAAUCACUUCUUUGAAAGACAAAAUCUUAAGUCAAGAAUCAAAAGAGCAAACUUCAUUAACCAAAGUGCAAGAUUCUCUUGAAAAAGCCAAGAAAUUGAAUACUUUUUACCAAAAUGAUCGAGUUUUUCAUGAGUCUAAUGAAGAACAAAUGGAUGAAGUAAGAAAGCAAGUUGAGGCUGAAACUAGUGAGGUUAUAGUUUGCUUACAAGAAGAGCUUUGCAAUAUUCAGAAAAAAAUGCAAGAAAAUAGUUUAAAGGAGAGAGAAACACAACAAGAAUUGAUCAUUUUGCAAGAGAAACUCGAUGUUAUGAGUGAAUGCAAUAGAACAUUAAGAGAAAAGUUUGAAGAGAAAGAUAGAGUUUUAUUCGGUUUAUGUGAAGAGAUUGAAGAGGUUCUUAGUGUUGGUGAUAUGGCUCUUGAUGAUGUUUUAAAUCGGUUUGUAAAUGGAAAACAAGAUUGGGUUUCAGAGAAAUUAAAGAUUAUUGCAAGAAAUGUAUAUGAAAAGGAGUUAAGGAUUGAGGAAUUGAAUUCAUGUUUAGAGGAUGCAAAAAGAAAGAGUAACGAAAUGGAGUCGAUGUUGAGGUCAUUAAGAGGGGCAAUUUUGGUAAUGUCAGAAGCACACCAACAAGAUUGCAACAAAAAAGAUGAAGAAAUUGUUGAAAAGGAAUGUGAGAUUGAUAAGUUAAAAGAAAGUCUUGUAGAAAAAGAUUUUGCAAUUGAAGUGGAGUCUUGUUGUUACUUUGAUAAGUUUUUAGAAACCGAUUUUAUGAUUGAAGAAAUGAAGAUUGAGAUCUCAGAGAUGAAGAAAAAAGAAGUUUUUUUAAUAAACGAGAGAGAAAGUUAUUCGAUUCUUGAAGAACAAAUUGAAGAAGAUACAAUUUCAAUGAAGAAAGAAGUGGAAGAGAUUGAACAUAUGAUUCUUGAAAUCCAAGCUAAAAAUCAAGAUCUCAUGUCAUUUGAUUUUGACAACAUCAAGUCUUGUGUUCAUGAAAUGCUGACGUGGCAUGAGGAAAUAUGGUGUGAGAUAAUUGCUAAAGAUUGGGUUGUGUCUGUGUUGCAUGUGUGUCACAUGGGAAUAUUAAUGGAAACACUGAGUGGUUUGAAUGUAGAAAAGAGUCUACUUCACCAUGGAUUAUGUGAAUCGAAUGCUUUAGUAUCCGAGUUAAAAGGGCAAAAUGGUAAAUCAAGAAAAGAACUUGAAGCUUGUAGCAUGCUUAGAGGGAAGUUAUUGGUUGACAUCAAGAAUGGUUUUGAUCGAAUUUCAAGAAAAGAAGAAGAAACCGGAAAUCUCUCGAUAAAAAUUACAAAUUUUGAAAAAAAGAUUCUUGAUUUACAAGUUAUGGAGGAAGCAAUGUUGGAAAGAUUUAAUCAUAUGGGAGAUGAGCUUUUUACAAUAAUGAAAGAAAUAGAUGUUAUUGAAGUGAUUCAUGAUGAAGAUGAAGAGAAAAUAGUGAUUGAUUCAUUUGCAAAAGAGAUUGAGUUGUUGUUGAAGCUAGAAAAAAUGGUUUCUAUAAAUAAUGAUCUUGAGAAAGAGAAAUUUAGUAUUUCUAUGGAACUUGAGAAGUUUAAGGAAGACAUGAUUAUUUCAUUUGUGGAUAUGAAAUUAAAAGAUAGCUUUGAUCUUGAAAUGUCAUCAUGCAAACUUCAACAUGAAUUGGAAAUGAAUGUUGAAGAGUUGAGAUUACAAAAAGAGGAAAACAAGAGACUUUCAAUCAUGUUAAAAGAUCAAAAACAUGAGAUUGAAGAAGCAUUUGAAGAGUUAAGAUUACAAAAAGAGGAAAACAAGAGACUUUCAAUCAUGUUAAAAGAUCAAAAACAUGAGAUUGAAGAAGCAUUUGAAGAGUUAAGAUUACAAAAAGAGGAAAACAAGAGACUUUCAAUCAUGUUAAAAGAUCAGAAACAUGAGAUUGAAGAAGCAUUUGAAGCUUUACAAUGUGAAGUCUAUGAAAGUGUUGUGAAAAGCCAUGUACUUGAUGAAAAAAACAUUUUGAUAGAAUCAUUGAAGGAAGAUGUGAAAACAAUUAGUUGUGAAAAAGAUGAAAAGGAAGAGGAAUUGAAGGUUUAUGAGAAGUCAGUGGAAGAGCUAGAAUGCACUGUGAAUGUACUAGAAAACCAGAUUAAGAUGGUGAAAGGAGAUGCAGAAAGACAAAGGUUGCAAAGGGAGGAGGCAGAAGUAGAGCUUCAUGCUUUGAAACAAAGCAACGAUUCUGUUAUUAUGCAAAGAGAUUUAGAUGAAAAAGAGAAAGAGCUUCAAGAUCUUCUUAGACGCAACAUCAUUCUUCAAAAAGAAAUCAUCUCCAAAGAUGCAGAGAUCAUUGAGUUGAAUCUCCAAAAGGUUCAAUCUAGGGAAUAUAAUGAGAAAAUUAAGGCAAUGGGGGAAACAACGCCGGAUGUGAAUAACAUAAAUUCACCAUUAAAAAGAGUUGAGAGAAGUGGAUCAAGGUCAAAGGGUCAAAAUGGUUCUUCUCCUUUUAAGAGCAUAAGAUUAGGGUUUGUACAACAAGUGAAUUGUGAGAAGGAGAAGGAUGAAGAGCUAAUUUCUGCAAGAAUUCGUAUUCAAGAGCUUGAAGCAUUGGUUGCAAGUUGGCAAAAGGAGAAUAAUGAGGGUGUUAAGCAACAACAAUUGCUUACAAUGGAAAAUGAAAUGUUAAAGAAUGAGAUCGAUAAUCUCAAGAAGAAUGUGAUGGAACUUGAAGUUGAAGGACAACAAAAUCUCCAACAACAAAUCGAUCAUCAUGCCAAAAUAAAGGAGGAGAACAAUGUGUUAAAGGCUCAGAAUGAUGAAAUUAGUCAUAAGUUGAAAAGGGCAGAAGUAAUUAUUAGACGAGUGAAAGAAGAGCUUGCAAACUUACGUGCAACUAGUGAAAGAAGGCCUUGUUGAUGUGGAAUACCUAAAAUUUCAUGAGUAGUAAACAAUUGAAAGAACAAAACAAACAUUUUUUAUUGCAAUUUGCUUGAAACAAAGGUAGGCGGAACAAGGGAAGUGUAUCACAAAUUCAAGAUUUCUUGAAAAUGUAGAGUUAGUUUUACGCUAGCUUAGCUACUUACUAUUUAGUUAUAUCCUUCAUGUUGUUGUCGAACAUGUAUAUGAAGUGUUUUCAUAGUUCUUUUAGGUAUGUAAAUUCUAAGGUUAUAUAGCAAAAAAGUCAUUGCAUUAUUGUUUAAAACAUAUUUUGGAUGUAUUAAUUCAGAUUCACCUAGCAUUUCGAGA